AUGGAGCCAAAGAUGGGAGGAUUUCGUUUCACUUGUUUCAGGGAUGCCGAUGCAAAGCUAAGUAAGCUGGACCACUUCCUUCACAGCCCCUGUUUCCUUGACAUUGCCUCUAAUGUCACUGUCACAACAUUACCUAGAGAACUAUCAGACCAUUGCCCGAUUCUUCUAUCAAACAGUAGACGAAACUUUGGCAGUCCCUCGUUUAAAUUGUUCAGUUCUUGGAUGCUUAGAGACGGAUUUGAAAAGGCGUUCAUCACUAGUUGGAAUAACUUUGUGGGUUUUGGUACACCAGACCAAUACCUAGCUGCCAAGCUAAAAACAUGUCAAGAAGGAUUAGAUCAUGAGGCAGAAAAGAGAAACCUUACAGAAGUGGAGCUUGAGCAAAGAAGAGAUAGCUUUAAGAAGGUGGCGGAAAUAGAUAAAUUCAAGGCGUUAGACAUCAAACAGAAAUCACGAAUCAAAUGGGCUGUUGAUGGUGAUGAGAACACCAGAUUUUUUCAUGGGUAUGUGAACAGCAACAACAGGAAAAAUGGGAUUGAUGGUAUUAUGAUAAAUGGGAACUGGUGUACUGAUCCGAGUCUGAUCAAGAUGGAGGCUUUCAAUUUUUUUGCUGAAAAAUUUAACGAGAGAUGGCCUUCCAGACCUAAACUUGUUAGCAGACAUUUCAAGCAGAUCCUUCCGACUGACAACGAGCUGCUUGAAACCCCUUUUACCCUCCAAUAA